UAUAAAAUUGAACUGAAUCUUGAGUAUCGUCAGCAUCCCGAAAAAAACGUCAAAGUGAAGUGGUAAACAGAAAUAUUACAGACAUGAAGUUAUUCGGAAUAGUAGUCCUUGUUUCUCUGUUGAUGAUGGCUUCAGUUACAAUGCCAGUUGAUGCCUAUCGAAUAUAUAACAGAAGGAGUAAAAGUAAAGGAGGAAAUUCUGGUGGAGGAAACAGUGGUCAUGGUGGUAAAUAUGGUGGCAAAUAUGGCGGUAAAUACGGCGGUAAAUAUGGUGGUAAAUAUGGUGGUAAAUAUGGUGGCAAAUAUGGUAGUAAAUAUGGCGGUAAAUAUGGUGGUAAAUAUGGUGGUUCCCAUGGAGGAUCUGGUGGAAGUUACCAGUAUAGAGGUUGAUGUUGAUUCUUUUCUGCGUUUUUAAAAUGAAUAAAUGAUACAUUAUUUUA